UCGCUGCUCACGGGUAUAAAUCGACGGCAUCGCCCAACCCGAAACGAACAGCCCAAGCACUACACUUACACUACACACUACACACUCUCCCCUACAUCAAUCAAGAAAUCAUGAAGUUCGCCGUCCCCGUUAUCCUUGCCCUUGUCUCGGCCGCCCAGGCUACUCAGGUCAACUGGGAAAUCUGCAACGGCGGUGUUGAAAAGACCAACAGCGAUGGCUGCACCAAUGUCUCUGGUGCCAAGGAGGACAACCUCUGCGGCAUUACUAUUCCUCCUCCUGGAACCGACUACUGCGAGUUCUACACUACAGGCUGUGGUAACCCAUUCGGUUCUACCUACCGCUGCAGUGUAAGCGACGGCCACUGCAACGCUCGUUCCUGGAAGUCGAUUGCCUCUUACCGCUGCUGGGACCACUAAAGAAAUUACAAGAACCUUUUAGGGUAGAGCUGGCCUUGUGGGAGGGAAAAGGACUGAAUGUAGAUUACUCUCUAAGAGGAUUUUAUACACAAGAUUUUACUAGAAUUUCUCCGUACACAAUAAAGCUCAAUUGAAUUUGCAUCACAUUGA